ACGUGGCACGAGUAGGGUCCUUGAAUACAGAAUAGAGGCCUCUGGUUCUUUAUCUGCCAGCGCUCCUCAUCUUAUUCUUUUUCCAUCUCAACACAUCAUCUCUAAUGUCGAAAUUUUUUCGGAGGCGGACAAAAUGUGUGCGCUCAAGUUGAGCGCUUUCACUCCGACAAUUGCAAGUGCUAAUAUUUCAUGGCGUCUCUCGGCCAUUAACUGCAACUUCUUUUACUCCCGCGAAGACUUGAACAAACGACCUCAUCGUCCUAGACUUAAUAUAUUAAAACCCUCGAGCUCACUCAAGGAAACACAAACACAAACACAAAAACACAGCGUGCACAAGGUUAGCAGCGUACCGCCCAGGUUGGAGAGCAGUAAGCAGCCGAGCGAUGGAGACCCCGUCCCAUCAUCUGAUUCGGCCGAUGACAAUCCCAACAACGCUGCACUUGUUGAAGGCAAAGGGGACGGACCAAUUGACGGAGAUACGGCGUUGAAGGGCACCCUUUUGGCUGGUCUUGUCCUUGUUGCCGUUGUAGGUGGCCUCGGAAGCGUCGCCUUCAUUUACAAGGAUCAACUCAACACUUUCCUCAUCGAUUUCUCUGGCAUUCUUGAAGGUUAUGGUCCAGCAGGAUAUGCCUUGUUUGUGGCUGUUUAUGCAGGACUGGAGAUUCUUGCAAUUCCAGCACUCCCGUUAACAAUGUCUGCAGGUCUACUCUUUGGCAAUGUGACAGGCACUAUUAUAGUCUCUAUUAGUGGAACGAUUGCAGCCACUGUGUCUUUUUUAAUUGCUAGAUACUUUGCUCGGGAACGGAUUGCAAAGCUAGUAGAAGGAAACAAGAAAUUUGCUGCAAUCGACAAAGCCAUAGGAGAAAAUGGAUUCCGUGUGGUUACUUUGCUGCGGCUGAGUCCUUUGCUCCCAUUUUCACUUGGAAACUACCUUUAUGGUCUGACUUCAGUGCAGCUCUUUCCCUAUGUUCUUGGCAGUUGGUUGGGGAUGCUUCCUGGAACAUGGGCAUAUGUGAGUGCUGGUGCUUUUGGCAGAGCCUUCAUUCAAGAAGAGGCAGAGGGAGGAUUGCCAGGAGGAAAUGAGCAGUUAUUGACACUUGGUUUAGGCCUUUUAGUGACAGCAGUAGCUGCUACUUAUGUUACUAGACUUGCUAAGGAUGCUGUGAAAGAUAUAGAGUAGCCACCUGAGAAGGAAGAUUUAUACAUCUUUAUUGAAAAGCUUCAAUGAAGACUAAAUAAGAGAACAGCUGAUGGUCCGUGCCACAUUUUGGAGGGUUGGGACUGAUUUUGGCAUCUAGAACAGAUGAAUUAGUCCAUUUGUAUAUUAAGGUGAAUUCCAUGGUACCUAGUGUGGAUCCUGUUUCUUUCUUGAUUCAGUCACAAUGAUAAUCUUAAAAUUGAAGACUGAGUAGAAUGUAUAUCUAGCAGUGCCUUAGACAUAUUGAAUUUACUAAUAUCAAGAAUAUUUUUAUUAAUCUACCAAUAAACAGUAUAUGGGAAUCCCUUUUUAGUGGCUGUAUUAUUAGUUGACUGUUGUAUAAUAUCACCCAUUUCUUUA